UCAGCCAUAGUACUGCAGUAAUCAGAUUACUGUUCCUCUGGUCAGUCAGAGUACUGCAGUAAUCAGAUUACUGUUCCUCUGCUCAGCCAUAGUACUGCAGUAAUCAGAUUACUGUUCCUCUGGUCAGAGUACUGCAGUAAUCAGAUUACCGUUCCCUCUGAUCAGUCAGAGUACUGCAGUAAUCAGAUUACUGUUCCCUCUGGUCAGUAAAGAGUACUUCAGUAAUCAGAUUACUGUUCCCUCUGGUCAGUAAAGAGUACUGCAGUAAUCAGGUGGAACUAGACCAGAUGGAACCGGAUCAUGGAGAUCAGGUUCUUUACCUGCACCUCCAAUCAGAGAAGUCAGGAAAUAAUUUCACUGAAGGAGUUUAUUUAACAGAUCAGAACUUUUCAGUGAGCUUCAAGACGUCCAGAACCAGGACCAGAACCAGAACCAGGACCAGAACCAGAACCAGGACCAGAACCAGGAGCAGAAGCAGGACCAGAACCAGGACCAGGAGCAGGAGCAGGAGCAGGAGCAGGACCAGAAUCAGGACCAGAACCAUGACCAGGACCAGGAUGUUACAUGUUGAUGUUUCUGUGCAGCACGUGUGUGUUUCCUUCUGUUGUGUUUGUAACAGGGCUUGACUGUAAACACUCAGCUGAUAACGGAGGUAACUCCAGUUCACACACACACACAAACACACACACUCAGCACUCGGCUUUGCUCCCUUCCGGUAUUGGUCUGACGUCAGGGCGUGCUGGUUGUCAUGGUGACCGUAUAAACAGGGAGCGGCUCACGCUCAUAAAAGCCUGCAGGAGUCUCUGCUCUGUCUGAUCUGCGCGAGACGAAGAGAUGGACGGACAUCAGGUGAGCGUUCUGUGUCUACUGCUGGAGAUGAUAGUGAUUGGACGGAACACUGCGUCAUGUCCUCCCUGUCAACCAGGUUUCUUCUUGGUCCAGAACUGUUCCCUCCGUAGUGGUGGGGGUGGGGUGGGGAUCCGGUGUCAACCUUGCACUGACUGUUCAGCUACUCAUGAGGAAACUGAGGUUGAGUGCUCGAAGUUCUCCGAUUCUGUGUGCAGAAACCAAACCACCAGCGCCAUGACGGCAACAUCUGCAGGACCUCCAGUCUCUCCUCAUGACACGUGGCUCAUCCUCAGUGUGAUAUCUUUCUCCGUCUUCCUGAUCCUGCUGCUCAGUCUGUCUCUCGCCCUGCUGGCCUGCAGAAAGCAGCACGGCAACAAGCACCCUGGUCUGAAUGUGCCCUGACUGGCGAGGCUGCAGCUCUGAAGGAAAAUCAUUCCACCGUCUCCUCAGCGUCCCUGCUGGAGGAAGCUGAUCCAGGUCCUGAUCCAAGUCCUCAUUCGGGUCCUGAUCGAAGUCCUCAUCCAGGUGCUGAUCCAUUUCCGGAUCCAAGUCCUCAUCAAGGUGCUGAUUCAAGUCCUGAUUCAGGUCCUGAUCUAGUUGCUGAUCCAGGUCCUGAUCCAGAUCGCCACAACCCAGGACCGAGGGCGAAAGAACAUCUGUAGUCCAGGUGUUGACCAGGCCCAGUCCAGUCUGACCGCCUGAGUCCAGGUGAAGCUGCUUUAGUCCAGGUGUAGUUCAGGUCUAGUUGGUUUAGUCCAGGUGUAGUUCAGGUUUAGUUGGUUUUGUCCAGGUUCAGUUGAUUUAGUCCAUUUUGUUUGUUGAGGUUUAGUUAGUUUAGUUAGUUUAGUCCAGGUGUAGUUGGUUUAGUCCAGGUGUAGAUGGUUUAGUCCAGGUGUAGUUCAGGUCUAGUUGGUUUAGUCCAGGUGUAGAUGGUUUAGUCCAGGUGUAGAUGGUUUAGUCCAGGUGUAGUUCAGGUCUAGUUGGUUUAGUCCAGGUGUAGAUGGUUUAGUCCAGGUGUAGUUCAGGUCUAGUUGGUUUAGUCCAGGUGUAGUUGGUUUAGUCCAGGUGUAGAUGGUUUAGUCCAGGUGUAGAUGGUUUAGUCCAGCUCUUGGUCCAGACAUUUCAGAAGCAGUCUAGCAUAAGCAGACCUGUGUCUUUUGUUAGCCAAUCAGAUGGAAGAACCUGUGUGCUGUGACCUCACCGUGUGCAGAGUGUCAUACAUGUAGUUUCUGUCAGAGACACGUUGUCUCCUCCUGCUGGUGGACUCUCCUCUAGAAGUCCUGCAGAUGUUCGGUUCUCCAGUUUCCCAGAAUGCACCUGUCUUCCUGCACAGUCGCAGCAGCCGAGAGGAAAAUCAGUGGAAUGAUCCUUUAUCUGUAUUCAUGUAUGUGUGAGACGUAACCAUGGUAACAGCUUAUUUGACAACAUUAGUUUACUGGGAUCACAGUAACUGCAGUCUACUGUAGCCAUGGUUACAGCAGUUAAACAUAACCAUGGUAACAGUUUUAUUCAUGUUUAUAUGAUCAUACAGCUAUGAUAUUUAGUUUAUUUAUGUUAUUAUUAACAUACUGCUGUUAUAUUUAGUUUUAAUAUUUUUAUUAACAUACAGCUGUUAUAUUUAGUUUAUUUAUGUUAUUAUCAUACAGCUGUUAUAUUUAGUUUAUUUAUGUUAUUAACAUACAGCUGUUAUAUUUAGUUUUAUUUCUAUUUUUAUUAACAUACAGCUGUUAUAUUUAGUUUUAUUUCUAUUUUUAUUAACAUACAGCUGUUACAUUUAGUUUUAUUUAUGUUAUUAUUAACAUACAGCUGUUAUAUUUAGUUUUAUUUCUAUUUUUAUUAACAUACAGCUGUUAUAUAUAGUUUUAUUUAUGUUAUUAUUAACAUACAGCUGUUAUAUUUAGUUUUAAUAUUUUUAAUAACAUACAGCUGUUAUAUUUAGUUUUAAUAUUUUUAAUAACAUACUGCUGUUAUAUUUAGUUUUAAUAUUUUUAAUAACAUACAGCUGUUAUAUUUAGUUUAUUUAUAUUUUUAUUCACAUACAGCUUUAGUUUUAUUUCUUUAUUUUGCUGCCAACACUGUAACUGUAACAUUGUUUAUGACACUCAGACGUCGGUGUUUUAAAGAAGAACUCAGUUUAUUUCUACCAGACGUUUGUUAAAUCCACAGAGUGGGCAGAUCUGUGACGACGGCAGCGUGUUUAAUGGAUCAAAACUUUAUUGUGAAUAAAUCAUGUUUAAUAUCUUCUGUUUACUGUUAAAGACUUUAUUCACAAUAUAUGGUGUUUAAUGAUGGAUCAAAACUUUAUUGUGAAUAAAUCAUGUUUAAACUUC